UUUCUCGCGAGACUUUAAUUCAGCCAUUUGACAGACAGAGAAGAAAAUGUUUACAUCGAUGAAAUAUUGUUAAAUUUCUCCCUUUUGAGAAGAUAUAGACAAUCAGUGAAAAUGAAUGCUGAUAAUAUAGAUCCAAAUAUUAGCACGACUAAUCGAGUAGCUCGUGUAAAUAUGGUAGAGGGCGUGGGAGCUCGGGUUGUACGAGGGCCAGACUGGAAAUGGGGGAAACAAGACGGGGGUGAGGGGCAUGUCGGGACAGUGAGGAAUUUUGAGUCCCCAGAGGAAGUCGUUGUUGUAUGGGACAAUGGAACAGCAGCCAAUUACAGAUGUGCAGGAGCAUUUGACUUAAGAAUUGUGGAUAGUGCUCCAACAGGUAUAAAACAUGAUGGAACCAUGUGCGACACCUGCAGACAACAGCCUAUAUUUGGCAUCCGAUGGAAAUGUGCUGAGUGCUCCAAUUAUGACCUGUGCAGUGUCUGCUACCAUGGCGAUAAACACAAUUUGCGACACAGAUUUUAUAGAAUCACGACACCGGGGAGUGAUAAGUGCUCUGUGGAACCAAGAAGGAAAAGCAAAAAGAUCACAGCCCGUGGUAUCUUCCCUGGGGCCCGUGUAGUGAGGGGUGUGGACUGGCAGUGGGAGGAUCAGGAUGGGGGAAACGGUCGGAGAGGGAAGGUCACGGAGAUACAGGACUGGAGUGCUGCCAGCCCCAGAAGUGCAGCCUAUGUUUUAUGGGACAAUGCGGCCAAAAACCUCUACAGAGUUGGCUUUGAGGGAAUGGCUGAUUUGAAGGUUGUGAAUGAUGCUAAAGGAGGGUCAUUCUACAGAGAUCAUCUUCCUCUCUUAGGAGAACAAGGUCCUGGGUCAAGGUCAGGUCCCGGUGGAUUAGCCAUUGGUGACCAAGUCAAUGUAGAUCUGGAGCUGGAGAUUGUCCAGUCACUACAGCACGGUCAUGGAGGGUGGACGGACGGAAUGUUUGAGUGUUUGGGUACCACAGGGACUGUUGUGGGGAUUGAUGAAGAUCAUGAUAUUGUUGUAUCUUGUCCUAGUGGUAACAGAUGGACCUUUAACCCAGCUGUUCUGACAAAGGUUAACACCCCCAGUACUGCCCCCUCUACUUCCAAUGAGGCCACUCCAGCUGCCCCUCCCUCUGCACAGUUUGCUGUGGGAGACUUAGUCCAGAUUUGUAAUGACCCAGAAAAGAUCAAGCUGUUACAGAGAGGACAUGGAGAAUGGGCGGAGGCCAUGUUACCAACUCUUGGUAAGAUAGGGCGGGUCCAGCAGAUUUAUCAUGACAGUGACCUGAAGGUAGAAGUAUGUGGUACCUCGUGGACCUAUAAUCCAUCAGCAGUCACAAAGGUGGCCUCAUCUGAUGGUGCCGCUAUAGGAAACUCGUCGGGAGAGAGACUGAGUGCUUUGCUGAAGAAGCUGUUUGAGACCCACGUGACAGGAGAUGCCAAUGAAGAACUGGUCAAAGCCGCAGCCAAUGGGGACUAUGUUAAAGUGGAGGAUCUCCUCAGCAGGCCAGAAAAUGAUGCUAAUGGUAUGUUUGCUGGACAUACAGCGCUGCAGGCUGCAUCACAGAAUGGACACACUGAUGUCAUCAAGAUCCUUAUUAAACAUGAUGUGGAUUUCGAAAUUGAGGACAAAGAUGGAGACCGGGCUGUGCAUCAUGCUGCAUUUGGUGAUGAGCCCAACGUGAUUGAGCAGCUGCAGCGUGGUGGUGCUGACCUCAACGCCCGCAACAAACGUAGACAGACUCCCCUUCACAUAGGGGUCAACAAAGGUCACAUUGGAGUGGUCAAGACUCUCCUGGAAUUGGGAUGUCACCCAAGUCUGCAGGAUUCAGAAGGGGACUCCCCACUCCACGACGCCAUCAGCAAGAAACGAGACGACAUGAUUUCCCUGCUACUAGAACAUCAUGCUGACCUGACAAUAACUAACAACAAUGGCUUCAACUCGCUACACCAUGCUGCUCUCCGAGGCAACCCCAGUGCUAUGCGAAUUCUCCUGUCUAAGAUCCCCCGACCUUGGAUUGUGGAUGAGAAGAAGGAUGACGGAUAUACGGCUCUCCACUUAGCCGCUCUCAACAACCAUGUGGAAGUGGCUGAACUCUUGGUCCACCAGGGCAAGGCUAACAUGGACCUUCAGAAUGUAAAUCUUCAAACAGCUUUACACCUAGCUGUGGAGAGACAACACACACAGAUUGUCAGGUUGUUGGUGAGAGAGGGGUGUAAUAUGAACAUCCCAGACAAGGACGGAGACACGCCCCUACACGAGGCCCUCAGACAUCACACCCUGUCACAACUCCGACAGCUACAGGACAUGCAGGAUGUCGGCAAACUUUUAAUGGGAUUAGGGACUCCCGGAGCUGACAAGAAGUCCAGUGCUUCCAUUGCAUGCUUCCUGGCAGCCAACGGAGCGGAUCUGAACAUCAAGAACAAGAAGGGACAGACACCGCUGGACCUGUGUCCGGAUCCCAAUCUGUGUAAAGCCCUGGCUAAAUGUCACAAGGAGAGACACAGUCCCAAUGGCACUGCCUCCAACACGGUCAUACUACGGAACGACCAGGAAUCUCUGGAGGAAUGCAUGGUGUGCUCGGACCUGAAGCGGGACACACUGUUUGGACCCUGUGGACACAUCGCUACUUGUUCCCUGUGCUCCCCGCGGGUCAAAAAGUGUCUGAUGUGUAAAGAACAGGUCCAGUCUAGGACUAAGAUUGAGGAGUGUGUUGUUUGCUCGGAUAAGAAGGCCUCCACUCUCUUCUUGCCCUGUGGUCACAUGUGUGCUUGUGACGGUUGCGGACAGUUGAUGAAGAAGUGUGUACAAUGUAGAUCCUCUAUUGAGAAGACUGUGCCAUUCAUUGUGUGCUGUGGGGGAACACCCCCUCCUGCUCCCCAGCCCCCGGGCAUCAUGAACAAUGGUUCCCGUGACAACACAAAAGACAUUCAGAAGCUACAGCAACAAUUACAAGACAUCAAAGAUCAGACCAGCUGCCCAGUUUGUAUGGAUCGUCUAAAGAACAUGAUUUUCUUGUGUGGCCAUGGCACAUGUCAGAUGUGCGGGGAUCGAAUGGCGGAAUGUCCCAUAUGUCGGAAAGCUGUGGAAAAACGCAUCCUUCUUUAUUGAUUUUAUACUUAGUAUAUAUAUAUAUACAUGUAUAUAUAAACUGUCUAUUGUCAAAUAAGCUGAAUUUUUAUGGCAUUAUUUAUUUUAUUGAAAUCUCUGUGGAAUAUAUUUCUUUUGUUUAAAGGGACGUACUGUUAAGUUUAGUUUGAUGUUUCAUUUGCCAUAUUGUGAAUUACAAGUGUCUCUGUUAAAAAUCUCAGUGUUGUUAAAGCUCCUUAAUGUGAAUUCAUUUUGCAAGUUUUGAAAACACUUCUUAACACUAAAAACACUGCCCAUAUAUUUUGAAUUAGGUAAGUUUGUAAUUUAUGUAGUGAUGCACAAAACAUUGUUUUGGAAAUCCUAAUUAUUUUUACAGCCAUUCUUCAUUAAUUUUCAUCACAUAUGAAAUGUUAUUUCACAUUUAAGUUCUGUAUGGUCUUCUUUUCAAUCAGUAUAUUUUUGGGUAUUGUAAUUCUACACCAUACGAGUAAAUAGUUCUUCUAGUAAAUUCCAAUAAGAAUAAAGAAAAGACAGCUUUUUUUUGAUCUUUAGAGACACAAACAAUAUAAUUUUCAUCAUUGUACAUAUUUCAUAUAAGAUUCAUUUGAUUGUCAUGCUGGAUAAAACCAUUUUUUUUGGAAUAAAUAGCCUGAAAAAUCAAUACAUGAUAUAUAUCAAUUACAUUACAUACAUUUGUAUUCAUAUGGUGCAUAAAUUUUUCCUAAUCAUUAAUUUAAAUUUUUUUUAAAAAAUCCUGAAGGGUAAGAAAAAUAUGGUAGUGAAUACUAAGCCAAAUCAGUUGUGUGACAUCUGUUAAAUUUUUUGAUGCAAAACUCAAGCUGGUUUGACAAAGUAAAUCGAGAAAUACUUGUACUUGAUUGGAUUUUGUUCCUGUUUGUCAGGAGAUUAAAAGAUGUGCUUGAAUCUUUAUUUUUAGCAUCAAAAGUGAAGGUAUCAUUUUCAAAAUUGCACUUUCUUGUACUCCUUCCUAGCAUUGACCAUUGUUAUUAUACCCUUUGACUUCAUGUUAAAUUAAAUUGGAAUAUCAUCAUGUGGCUAGAUAAACCCAUCCUGGUGCUUGUGUGUUAUUUCAGUAUUACUCUUUCUUUAUAUAUGAAACUAUUGUUUUGCAUUUAAAUGAGCAUCUGUUUAAAUUUUAAAAGUACAUGUACUAUGUUUUGUUGUUGGUCAUCUUUAGGGGUUUGUGUACAUUGUAUUUUUAUGUAAAUUUUCAAUAGCCAUUGUUUUCUAAUGACAUUUUGUUGUCUUUUCAUCAUGGAUAUUAAAGAUCAAUCAAAUUUGAA